AAUCAAAUACAUAAACAUAAAAAAAGGAAAUCAAUAAAUCACAACCAACUACAGAGGAAAGACUUAUACAGUAGAAACAUUACAGAAAUAAUUAGAUUUCUGAAAUAAAAGAAAUUCUUUUGUUUUUAACCAAUCUAAUAAAUGUAAUAAAUAUGUCAAUUUCAAUUAAGAAAUGUGAAAAGAAAAGCUGUGAUUUUGAAAGUUUUUGUUUAUCAAUUAAAAAAAAUUGCCCAAACUAAAUAAGAAAAGUUAACAAUGUAAUCCACUGAUAUAUUCGUUUUUAACUUUGUAGUGGAAAAUGAUCUCUUUUAAUUGAAAUAUAAAGAUAUAAGUUAUUCCACACUCUUUUUUAAUAACCAAACUUUAUAAAGUACAGGGGUCUAUAUGACGUCAUUACAAAUUGGCGCGAAACCCCGUGUGAAAGCCCGUAUGUUGCUCCUGUCAGCUGCUGAGGCGAGUUUUACUGCAGAAAAAAACGGCACAGGACGCUCUGUUUACACGAAGAGGAAAAGGGAGGAGAGGAUUCUGACAUGGUAGACCUAUGCUCACUGACUGAUAAUCAGUUAAAACACAAACUGCUCCGGUAUGGAGUCAAAGCUGGACCGAUUGUAGCUAGCACUCGAGCAUUGUAUGAGAAGAAGCUGUACAGGAUGAUGACACAGCACUUGCAGAACAGUGUUAACAGUAAAGAUGAUGCUGGGAAAUACUCUGAUAGUGAGGAGGAGAAGGGAGAAGAGGAGGAGUCUGGAUCAGAGCUGCUCGGCCCAGAGAGUGUGUCCAUUACAGAUCAAAGUUUGAAUCCUAGCACGGUGGGGCUGAAAUAUCAGAGCAACGAAACAUUUUAUCCUCAGUGCUUUGCCCCCCCUAUGAGACAGGGCAAGAAUCAAGAGGGAUCGUUGGAGAGCCUCCAGAGCCGCUCCCUGUCAUUCAGUAUUACACAACUUGUGGAGGAGAUUGAGAAUCGUCUGAGCCCUCAGUCAAAGUCAGCAGAGACUGAGAGAAGCUAUAGCCAGACACCACUGGCAAGCAGGGCACAAUGGGUCAGUAAUCCUAUUAAAUGUUUCAACAGAAGCCCAGUGAAUGAGUCUCUCUAUCUGACCCCUGAGUGUUUACCCCUUCAGAAGCAACCAACCACAAUAGAACCAGCGAUAGAAUCAGUCACUGAUGUUCUGAUGGAGAUGUUUCCAGAUACUGCAAUGACACCAACUGGUAUAACUGCCACCAAGAGACGGUCUAUAAAGGGAGCAGCAGGUCGUCCCGUACAAUUCAAAUACCCAGACACCCCACUGAGUCCUGCCACACUGGAGAGACAGGAGAUCCAGCAACGUCUGGUUCCUCUGUGGGUGCAGAUUGUGGUCUUCUUUCUAGUGGUUGCUCUGCUGUACGUCAUGUACAUAUCAAUGGAAGAGCCACUGGAGAAUCCUUUCAGCACACUGCUAAGCAGCCUGAGUCAGGAGCCGAGCAGCGAUGACCUUGCACUUGUCCCUAACUCUCAGGACACACACACCUGAGACACCUGAAUUUUAUUGUGUAUUGGACUUUUUGCAUAGAAUUUCUGCAGGAUUGCAGGGUUUUCACUGUUCUAGUCAAAUAAAUCUAGAUGAGUGUGGUUUGAUCUGUUAUAUUUUCCUGUGUAUGAUUUUACCUUGUUGGAUAUUAUCUUUUGUCUAUUUACUUCAGGAUCAAUCAAAUGAACUGGUGAAGUGUUGUUUGGAGAGCCACAGGUGCCCAUGUCUUACCCACAGGAGUAUUGUAUUGUUUUGUUUUUUAAUUAUUCCAUUGUCAUGUUGAAUAAAUAAAUGUUUUGAAUA